GAAGAGGCCAUAGCUUGCGUUUUUCAUUGAAGGAGACACUUUCACUCAUUCGCGCCCCUCCUCCCUUUCUCUCCCACCUCCUCGCACAUCCGUGGCAAUGACUGGCGAGUCACCGUGCAGGAAGAGAUUUCCGUGCUGUGUCUGUGUGCAUGCAACAUCUCAGCUCCCUCUCCAAGCAUAAGUCGUAUUUUAUGGCAACCUUAAAAAAAGGCUCAGCGAAUUCGGGUGUCUUUCGUUUUGAAUCAGAUAACGGUUUAAUUUCAGUUUAUUGUUCGAAUUCGUAUCAAUUUCACAAUUUCUGCAAAUAGGAGUUCUGCCAGGCUACAUCCUCUCUAGGCAGCGAUAUGUUGGAUCCGUCAUCCAGCGAGGAGGAAUCGGAUGGUGGGAUGGUCGAGGAGGAACACCAUCACAAGGAGGCAUCGGCACCCCAGAGCGGAGCCCGCAUCUCUCCAAGCCGGACGAGCGAGAGCUCCGGCGGACUUGCGCCCAGCAGCAGCAGUCGCAGUAGCGCUCGCCCGACCAGCCCGAGCCCGUCUGCUGCCAGCGAACAGGAGAAGGUGGAAGAGGCCAAUUUGCAGAAGGAGGAAGAGGAGCGCAAAAAGAAGCUGCAACUAUAUGUAUUUGUGAUGCGGUGCAUCGCCUACCCUUUCAAUGCAAAACAGCCCACGGAUAUGGCUCGGCGACAACAGAAGAUCACAGAGCAGCAGCUCCGGCAGACCAACGACCGCUUCAAGGCCUUCCUCAACGGAGACACCCAGAUAGUGGCUGACGAAGCUUUCAUCAACGCAGUCCAGAGUUACUAUGAGGUGUUCCUGAAGAGCGACCGCGUUGCCAAGAUGGUCCAGAGCGGGGGCUUCUCAGCCAAUGACUGCAGGGAGGUGUUCAAGAGGCACAUCGAGAAGCGUGUCCGCAGCCUGCCUGAGAUCGACGGCCUGAGUAAGGAGACAGUGCUCAGCUCCUGGAUGGCCAAGUUCGACACCAUCUACCGCGGGGACGAGGACCCACGCAAAGCCCAGCAGCGCAUGACGGCCAGUGCCGCCUCAGAGCUCAUCCUCAGCAAGGACCAGCUCUACGAGAUGUUCCAGAACAUUCUGGGUAUCAAGAAAUUUGAGCACCAGCUGCUCUACAACGCCUGCCAGUUGGAUAACCUGGACGAGCAGGCUGCUCAGAUCAGACGGGAGCUGGAUGGACGCCUGCAAAUGGCCGAUCAGAUUGCCAGGGGUGGCAAGUUCCCCAAGUUUGUGUCGAAGGAGAUGGAGCACAUGUACAUAGAGGAGCUAAAGGCAUCGGUGAACCAGCUGAUGGCCAACCUGGAGAGCAUGCCCGUGUCCAAGGGAGGAGAGUUCAAACUGCAGAAGCUGAAGAAAGGACACAACACCUCCAUCAUGGACAUGGGCCAGGAAGACGAGAACACACUGUCUAAAUCUGACGUGGUGCUCUCCUUCACUCUGGAAGUGGUUAUCAUGGAGGUGGUGGGCCUGAAGUCUCUGGCUCCUAACAGGAUUGUGUACUGCACUAUGGAGGUGGAGGGAGGGGAGAAACUGCAGACAGACCAGGCCGAGGCCUCCAAGCCAACCUGGGGGACCCAGGGAGACUUCACCACCACACACCCCCUCCCUGCUGUCAAGGUGAAACUGUUUACAGAAAGCACUGGAGUUCUGGCCCUGGAGGACAAAGAGCUGGGAAGGGUGGUCCUCCACCCGACCCCUAACAGCCCCAAAGCCUCAGAGCUCCAUAAGAUGGCCAUCACUAAGGCCUGCCCCGACCAGAACCUUCAGAUCAAACUGGCCAUCCGCAUGGACAAACCGCAGAACAUGAAGCAUUCUGGGUAUUUGUGGGCUUUUGGGAAAAACGUCUGGAAGCGAUGGAAGAAGCGUUUCUUUGUCCUGGUGCAGGUGAGCCAGUACACCUUUGCCAUGUGCAGCUACAGAGAGAAGAAGUCUGAGCCACAGGAGCUGCUCCAGCUGGAUGGUUACACUGUGGAUUACACCGACCCCCAGCCAGGUCUGGAUGGUGGGAGGACCUUCUUCAACGCAGUGAAGGAGGGCGACACUGUGAUCUUUGCUAGUGAUGACGAGCAAGACCGCAUCCUGUGGGUUCAGGCCAUGUACCGGGCCACCGGUCAGUCCCACAAGCCCGUGCCCCCCACCCAGGUCCAGAAACUCAACUCCAAGGGGGGCGCAGCUGCCCAGAUGGAUGCGCCCAUCUCCCAGUUCUACGCAGACAGAGCUCAGAAACACGGCAUGGAUGAGUUUAUCUCGGCUAACCCCUGCAGCUUUGACCACGCCUCCCUGUUCGAGAUCGUCCAGAGGCUCACGUUGGACCACAGGCUCAAUGACACCUUCUGCUGCCUGGGAUGGUUCAGCCCGGGCCAGGUGUUUGUCCUGGAUGAGUACUGCUCCAGGAAUGGCGUGCGUGGGUGUCAUAGACACCUGGGUUACCUAGGCGACCUGCUGGAGAGGGCAGAUAGAGGAGCCAUGAUCGACCCCACCCUGCUGCACUACAGCUUUGCUUUCUGCGCAUCCCAUGUCCACGGAAACAGGCCUGAUGGACUGGGAACAGUGAAGGUGGAUGAGAAGGAGCGCUUUGAAGAAAUCAAAGAGCGGUUGCGGGUGAUCCUGGAACACCAGAUCACUAACUUCAGAUAUUGUUUCCCGUUCGGCCGUCCAGAGGGAGCGCUGAAGGCAACUCUGUCUUUGCUGGAAAGGGUGCUGAUGAAGGACAUUGUGACUCCCGUCCCACAAGAGGAAGUGAAGGGAGUCAUCCGUAAAUGUUUGGAGCAGGCUGCUCAGCUCAACUACGCUAAAAUCACAGAAUACGCUCAAAUGGAAGUUGAGAAAGAUAAAAAGCCGGAUCCAAAUGAUCCAGAGAACGUAGGCCGGUUAGUCACGCCCGCCAAAAAACUGGAGGACACUAUUCGCCUGGCCGAGCUAGUCAUAGAGGUCCUCCAGCAGAACCAGGAACAUCAUGCGGAGGCUGCAGUCACAAGUUCUGGAGAUCAAUCGGCCUUUGCCUGGUGGUCUGACCUGAUGACGGAGCACGCUGAGACCUUCCUGGCCAUGUACGCUGUGGACAUGGACGCUGCCCUGGAGAUCCAGUCUCCUGAGAGCUGGGACAGCUUCCCUCUCUUCCAGCUGCUUAACGACUUCCUCCGCACGGACUAUCACCUGUGCAACGGGAAAUUCCACAAACACCUGCAGGACCUCUAUUCUCCCCUGGUGGUUAGAUAUGUAGACCUGAUGGAGUCCUCCAUAGCUCAGUCUAUCACCAGGGGGUGUGAGGGAGAGUCCUGGGUGCCUGUAAAGAGCUUAACAAGUAAUCUGCCCAAUGUGAAUCUCCAAAUACCAAAUGUCAACCUCCAAAUUCCCAAAGUACCAAAUCUGCCGCCAGUAGCAGGACUAUCAGUUAACCUUCCAACAAUGCCUAGUUUUUCCACCCCGUCAUGGAUGGCUGCUAUCUAUGUCCCUGACAAUGGCUCUGGGACAUCGGAGGACUUGUUUUGGAAGCUGGAGGCCCUACAGACCUUCAUCAGGGACCUGCACUGGCCCGAGGAGGAGUUUGCCAAACACCUGGAGAACCGCAUGAAGCUCAUGUCCAGCGACAUGAUCGAGAACUGCGUCAAACGCACUAAGAUGGCAUUUGAGUCCAAGCUGGCAAAGAGCAGCAGGGGAACAGACUUCCGCAUCUCGGCAGCAAUAUGCACCAUGUUCAAUGUGAUGGUGGACGCGAAGGACCAGUCUGCCAAGCUGUGUGCCAUGGAGAUGGGCCAGGAGAAACAGUACCACGCCCAAAUAGAUGAACUGAUUGAGGAGAGUGUGAAAGACAUGAUCCAACUCAUGGUGGCUAAGUUUGUGGUUAUUCUGGAAGCCCUGUUGGCGAAGAUCUCCCGAUACGAUGAAGGCACUCUCUUCUCAUCUUUCAUGUCAUUCACGGUGAAAGCUGCGUCUAAGUAUGUGGAUGUCCCUAAGCCUGGGAUGGACGUUGCCGACGGUUACGUGACCUGUGUCCGCCACUCUCAGGACAUCCUGCGAGAUAAGGUCAAUGAGGAGGUGUAUAUAGAAAGGUUAUUUGAUCAAUGGUACACAGCCACCAUGAACCUACUGGGGACCUGGCUCACUGAGCGAAUGGACCAGCAGCUCCAUGUCUACCAGCUCAAGAUCCUCAUAAGGAUUGUCAAGAAAAAGUACCGUGACUUCCGUCUGCAGGGGGUGCUAGACUCCACCCUGAACAGUAAGAUGUAUGACACGGUGAGGAACAGACUGACCCUGGAGGAGGCCAACGCGUCCAUGAAGGAGGGAGGCAUGGGGGGAAUCUCCAUGAAGGACAGUGACGAAGAGGACGAAGACGACGACUAGAGCCCGGCACCACCCAACACCAGAACUGGCACCUCCCUUUACCCCUGUCUGACUCCUGUCUCCACACCCCACCUCCGACCCACUCCUCUCACAAGUUUUGACUUAGCCUGGUAACCAAUGCAUGUACCAACUCUGUUACUCACAUAUCAACUCUAGGACCUGUUUGUCAGCUUGAAAUGCCCAUGAAGGACCUGUAAUAAACAAUACAAAUAGUAAUUACUAUACUGAGGAAACAUUUUGAAAAAAUAAACCAUGAUCGACAGUUUAGCUGUGUCAUGCUGAAGAUAGCACCGAUGAUAUCUUUGUCUCAAUGAUUUCUAAAUUCAUUUCUAUGUGUUCCUAAGCAAUAUGGAGUACCAUUUGUUUGACAAUGUUGAGUGAGAUUAUUAGGUGUGUUCCUGUCCAAUGCAAACCUAUAUGGCGCUUCUUUGUCGUAUUCUACAUUCAUUAUAAUGGUACAUUUUUGUGACGAUGAGUGUAUGUACCCUUUUAUUUGUCUUAUGUCUUUAAGUGGAUGCCAACUGCUUCAAACUGAAAAUUAAGUUCAAAGCUGUUUAGGAUAAACGUCUUCUCGUCUACUCACUCUACUCUCAACCCCAUAGUAUGUUCUAGAACUUGCGUUUCCAUAUCUAUGUCAAUGCUCUGUGACUUCAUAAUCUCUCACCCCAACACAAACGAGACAUUGUCCAGCAGCCAUUUUGAACUAAAAUGAGUGGGUAUUCUAGAAAUGCAAUAUUCUCAUAGCUCCAUUUUGAUAUCUUGUUGGAGAUUAUAUUUUUAUUUCUACGUUGUUGAAAAGACCUUGAAACAGGUUCUACUCUAUUUUAAAUUGAGUUGCACUUUUACAGAGAAAAAAGCGCUAAAAAGAAAAAGGUUUUUUAUUUACCAAAAUUAAAGUUGGUCCGUCUUUUUUGUUUGAUUCCGUAGUUGAUUAGGAUGAGCUGUGUGGCAUUUCCUUGGUUCUCACUGUUGUUUUGUAUAUACAACGCUGUACAUUGCAUUCUGAGCCAUUGCUGCAUGCCUGUGGGUCCCCACCCUCUGAACGCUUUCUGUUUUCUGUGUGAAAUUAGCUGGUGGAUCAUUCUUGCUUUUGCCUUAUGAAAGCCAACAGUUGUAAUAUGCAAGAGCUGUGGCCUCUAAAUAAAAAUUACUGUACAAAUACA